AUGGCCGACGAGAUCGCCAAGGAGUACGAUGUCAUUGUGCUGGGCACUGGCUUGACCGAGUGUAUUCUCUCGGGUGUUCUCAGUGUCAAGGGAAAGAAGGUCCUCCACAUCGACCGCAACGACCACUACGGCGGUGAGGCGGCGUCGGUUAACCUCGAGACGCUCUUCAAGAAGUAUGGCAACUUUGCCGCCGGUACCGAGCCCUGGAAGGAAUACGGUCGCCCCAACGACUGGAACAUCGACCUUGUUCCCAAGUUCCUCAUGUCCUCGGGCGAGCUCACCAACAUUCUUGUCUCCACCGAUGUUACCCGUUACCUCGAGUUCAAGCAGGUUGCCGGCAGCUACGUACAGCAGGGUGCUGGUUCCAAGGCCACCAUCGCCAAGGUCCCCUCAGAUGCCGCCGAGGCGUUGCGCUCGCCCCUCAUGGGCAUCUUUGAGAAGCGCCGCAUGAAGAGCUUCAUUGAGUGGGUUGGCGAGUUCGACCCCAAGGACCCCGCCACACACAAGGGUCUCGACAUGGCCACCUGCACCAUGAAGGACGUCUUUGAGAAGUUCAGCCUCGAGGCCGGCACCAAGGACUUUGUCGGCCACGCCAUGGCCCUCUACCUCAACGACAACUACCUCGAUACCCCUGGCGCCGCCCCUGAGACCAUCGAGCGCAUCCGCCUUUACGGCCAGUCCGUCGCCCGCUACGGCAAGUCGCCAUAUAUCUACCCUCUCUACGGCCUCGGCGAGCUUCCCCAGGGUUUCGCCCGUCUGUCCGCCAUCUACGGCGGUACCUACAUGCUCAACACCAACGUUGACGAGCUCGUCUACGAGAACGGCAAGGCCGUCGGCAUCAAGGCCACCAUGACGGGUGUCGAGCCCGAGAUGAAGUUCGAGACCCGCGCCAAGAUGAUCCUCGGCGACCCCAGCUACUUCCCCGACAAGGUCAAGGUUGUCGGCCACGUCCUCCGCGCCAUCUGCAUUCUCAAGCACCCCCUUGCUAGCACCAACGACGCCGAUUCGUGCCAGUUGAUCAUUCCCCAGUCGCAGGUGGGCCGCAAGAACGAUAUCUACAUUGCUUGCGUCUCCUCGGCGCACAACGUCUGCCCCAAGGGCUACUGGAUCGCCAUUGUCUCGACCAUUGCCGAGACUUCUGCGAACCACCACCUCGAGCUCGCCCCUGGUAUCGAGCGCCUCGGCAAGAUCGAGGAGCAGUUCAUGGGUCCCCCCAUUCCCCUCUAUGAGCCCCUCGAGGACGGCCGCAACGACAACAUCUUCAUCUCCAAGAGCUACGACGCCACCAGCCACUUUGAGACCUCGACAGAGGACGUCAAGGACAUCUACCGCCGGUGCGCGGGCGAGGAGCUUGUUGUUGAAGGUUUGAGGGAGGGUAUCCAGAUGUCGCAGGAGUAA